CAUUUUUAAAUAAGUUAUCUGGAGUAACUGAAGAGCAUAGUUCAAUAACUUCUCGACGUUGUUUUUCCUGUGUGAAUUUUUAGUUGAAAAUUGGAAAUGACUCUGACUGUUGCAUGCAGAGCUGGCGAUGCUGAUAAGCACGACAGAGAUGUUACCGCUUUGGCAUUUUAUAAAGGAAAAUUAUACAGUGGGGGCGACAAUGGAAAAAUCAAGGUUUGGACUGCUGAUUUGUUGAAACUGGGCGAAGUUCAAGCCCAUAGUGCACCCGUCUACAGUAUUUCAGCUUCUGAUGAUGGGCUUUACAGUUCCUCGAGUGAUGGUUCUGUUAAGCUCUUUGACCUGAAUACUUUAGCCGAAAAGCAGGUGCUGAGGCAAGGAGAAAAUGCUGAGUACUGGAGAGUUCAGUGUGUUAAUGGAAAUUUGUAUGUUGGAGAUAAUGAAGGCAAUGUUUUGGUUUUCAAGAACAAAUUGUUUUACGGAUUGGUAAACGUCGCCGAACCUGUUAAGGAUUUGCAAGUGGUAGAACCGUAUGUCUUAACGGUUCAGGAUACAGACUUAGUUAUUACAGAAUUUAAAUUAGAAGGUGAAAAUAUCCAAUGGGCUACUGACACCACCAUUGCAGGCAGGGCGCCAGUAACUUUAAUUGGCACCAAAUUAUUUGCUUUUAUUGACCGAGAUGGGAAAGAAAUUAUCCUACAUAGUGCAGAUAAAUCAACAGGAUUUAAACAAAUUACAAAAAUUGUGCAUGGUUCAGAAGAUAACAGAGUAAUCAAUGCUCUAGCUGGUGUGGAAUGGGGAAAUGACCAACUUUUGUUUAGUGGUGGCUGGGAUAAGGUCCUGAGAAAAUGGAAAGUUACCAAUGUGGGCCUUUCUGACGAAGGUAGCGUAAAUGUAGAUAUAGUCAUCAAUGCCGUUGCUACUGGCGAAACUUCUUCGAUUUACGCUGGAGGCUCUGAUGGUCAUAUAGUUAGAGUGGAUUCCAGCUAAGGCUUUCCAUGGAUUUUCAUAACAUCUAUUAACACUGCUGUUUAUAUAAUUUUCAUUGUGUUCCUUAUCUACUACUUAUAUGAGAACAAAAUCAUAUGCUGUAAAUAAAACUAGUUAAGCGUGUAAUUUUUUUAUCGACCUUUUCACAAAAAUAUCCAGUUAUAUCAAAGUUAGGUACUCACUGUAAUCGCUCAAAGAAUGUAAAUAUAACAUGUAUUUGCUCUAAUGAUUAUUAAAUAAAGAAAAACGUUUUUGGAUUUAU